CUUUCUUCCCAUUUCUUUCCUUUCUUCUUACCACCAUGGCGACAAGGAGAUCUUCCAGAAUCCAGGACAAACGGAUUAGUUCCAACAAAUUAGCCACUCAAGAUGAAUCGGACGAUUCAAACAUUGAAGUCGUACAAGCAAGGCCAGUCAGAAAGGCCAAGAGAGCAAAGACAGUGGGAACGACGAAACAAGUCGUUACGAAUGCUAAUCCAGAAGUCUUCCGACGAACACGCGGUAAACAUGGACUGCUGGAGAAGUUAGCUAAGGAGGCACCGUUGGAUAUUUACUUAGAGGUGUUCAAACAUCUGGAGCCCCGAGAUAUACUACAUCUUUCUCGGACGAACAAAGAUUUCCGAAACUUCCUCAUGGCAAGCUCUUCCUUGUCUAUUUGGCGUGAAGCUCGCGAGAAUGUCUCUGAUCUGCCUCCGCUACCCAUCGACCUGAAUGAACCACAAUAUGCGAGCUUGCUCUUCGGCAACAACUGCUAUGCAUGUCUUCGUUCUCCAUGUGACAAUGUUAUUUGGGAAUGUAGAGUUCGAUGCCACAAAAGCUGCAUGAGCCAAUUGUUUAUUAACUACAACCGAAUCGAAAAUCGUCCCGCGCGUCUGAAUGACAGUGAUCUUCGGAACGUCAUUGCGCAUGCCCCCUUCUACUUUGGACAAAUCGGCAAGAAUCGGGGUCGUUUUUGGUUCAUUCCGAUGUUUGAGCGCCUUUUUGCCAAGUACAAGGAAAUACAACGCGACCAGUCUGCAGUGAGAAAGUGGAAUGAGGAAAAAGGACGGCGUUUCAAGUUGAUCACGAAUCAUGUUAGACAAUGUCUUAUCUGGGAGCGUAAACGCCGUGCAGGACAAGAGAGACUCCGGAAAGAACGUCGUCAAGAGGUCAUCGAAAGGUUAUCUGCGUCAGGUUGGGGGGUAGAGGAACUGAAUCAUAACGAAUUUUUCUUACACUCUCUGUUAAAGAUAUCAAAGCCUAUCACGGAGCGAAUGUGGAGCAGUCUCGAACCUCAAUUAGUUGAUCUCCUCCAAACACUCAAGGACAGACGGCUCAAAGAAGAACGUCGUCGUUCUCUCAAGUCACGAUACGAACUACUCGAGUUGGCGUACGAGGAAAAGACGUGUGGAGACGGGUUGACUGUAUAUCCCCCAAUCUCCGAUUUCAUUCUGGACGCAAACAUCGGGGUCAUCGAUGAUAUGAUCUGGAACACACCACAUGACCAGAAAUUGACUCGGUCGGACUUCAUCGACGCUCUACGUUCAGCCGGAGCUGAAAUCGCAGAGUUUUCGCGAAUAUGGGUCGAGCAACAGAGUCAAGGACUCACGAAGCUCAUGCGAAGACACGGGUUCAAGGGGGAUUAUGAUCUAGGAUCGACAAUUUUCGCUUGCGUACACUGUGGAGACAGAACUUGGACACCCAGAAUUUUUAUGCACCGUUGUUCUACGCUCAACAUUUGGAAUAAUCAACGGCGUUGGGACAGGCCCGAAUUCAACCCAUUAUCCGAGCUAAGCUGCGGUUGGUGGCGAGCUGCUGCAUUUGCUCCGGACGUCGUGGCGUCUACAAAGCUAAAGGAGAUCAUGGCGUUGUGUGGAACGGUUGAGGCCGAGAGGAUUGAGGAUCUGGAACGGGAAGAUCCACUGUUUGAAUGCUUGGGUUGCAAGGGUGGUCAGAGCGGGAAGCGAUGUUUCGCGCGGUGGAUGGAGGCACUAAUGCAUUCACUUGAGGGAGACAAAGUCGUCCUCGCGAUUCUUGACGAUGAUACGAAAAGUCGAAUUCUAGCCCUGGAACAGGGACACGGGCGUUACUGCCCUAAUUAUGUAGUCUGCAAACACUGUCCACCUGAUAAGACGGUUUUCGAGCUACAUUCUAGUACUGACAAGCUCUGGUCACAUCUACGUAUCGAGCAUGGUAUAGACCACGUGAAAGUAAAGAGGAAUGUUGACUGGUGCUACGGUCUGCGAGAACCUGUUUUUACUUUUCGUCCACGAGCAGUCACUUUAGUGGGAUGACGGAGUUUAACAAACUUGCACGCCCCCCAUAUCAAUCAUAUACGUGGAAACAAUUUGCCGUACGAACAGACAUUGUAAAUCAGGACAUAUCUCAAACUCUCAAUAGAUAGAUGUCCGACACA